AUGGCUCACAGCUCAGCGCCUAUGGGAACCGCGCCCACGGCAGCGGCAAGCGUUCAUCCGGGGCGUAUAAAUGUAGGGCAGCACCUGCCUUAUACUGGGAGGGAAGUCGAGAUAUUUUCUCGCUAUGGAUACUUUUACCCGCCUGGAUACCUCCCCAACACCACUGUUGGAGGCUUCAGGGGUUUUGCUCGCACCCUGACCACAUCUGAUUUUGCAAUGAAGCCCACGUAUUUCAAAUCCUUCGGAAUUGGUGCCGCCAAGUUCCUCGGGGGCUUUCUGCUGUUCUAUUUGCCACUCGAUAAUGUGUACUGCAACCUUCGGAAGAAGCAACGGGAGAGGAGGGCAAAGCAGCGCGGCGAUUAG